AUGCGCUUCAUCCCCAGCAACCAAGCUGCCAGCAGCUACUCCCACACCCACGGCGCCGCCGGCGCCGGCGCCGCCCGCUCCUCCACGUCUGCGCCCUCGGCGCCGGGCCUCCACGACACGCUGCGUCACGGCGUCGGCCCAUCGGCCUUUGACGCGCACACGACGCAGGCCACGUCUGCGCACCCCCUCGAGGCCCGGCUCAAGAACUGGGAGGCCACGCAGGAGGCCGUCCGGAUGGAGUCGCUCAAGCGCACGUUUGGCAUGGGCGAGCCUAUCCGCCGCGGCAUGGAGCUCAAGAUUGUGCGCGACGGCGCGUGGCGACCCAUGGUGCUGGGAAGCGGCCUCGCCAGCGUGCACGAGGAUAUCCUGCGCGGCAGGGAGGAUAUGAUUACGUGGGAGGACGUGUUUACCGGCGACGAGUCGAGAGGAGUCGCUGGCUUCCACGAGGAAAUGGAGAAGAAGUGCAAGGUUUGA